AUGAGCCAUGAUCCGCAAACGCCGGCGAUAGUCUCCCUGGCCGCUGGCGGAGUCGCGGGUGCAGUCGAAGCAUUCGCCACUUACCCUUUCGAAUUCGCCAAGACGAGAGUUCAGCUUCGCGAGCAAAAGGGUGUCGCUACGCCUAAGAACCCGUUUAAGGUCGUCGCUCAGGUCUACCGGACUGAAGGUAUCAAAGCGCUGUACAAGGGUUGCUCGACACUGGUCAUUGGAUCUGUAGGCAAAGAUGGCAUCAGGUUUCUGUCCUUCGAUACUAUCAAGAACUCUUUCAAGGAUCCUGAAACUGGCACGCUGAGUCCGGUUAGGAACCUGGCGGCGGGGAUGUGCUCAGGGGUUGUGGCGAGUCUGACGGCUGUGACGCCUACGGAGAGGAUCAAAACGGCAUUGAUUGACGAUGCGAGGAACGAAAAGCGGUUUCGGAGUAUGACGCAUUGUAUUAAGACUAUCAUGGCUGAGGAUGGGAUUGGCGGUCUUUAUCGCGGUCUGGCUGGCACUACCUUGAAACAGGCCGGCGCCACUGCCUUUCGUAUGGGCACUUACAAUAUACUCAAGGACUACGAGCGUACUCGCGAUAUCCCACAGACGACCUUCACCAAUUUCGCUAACGGAUCUGUGGCGGGUAUCGUUACGACAUUGGCUACGCAACCCUUUGACACGAUCAAGACUAGGUGCCAGAGUGCGAAAGGUGCUAGUACAGUCGAGGCUUUUCGAAGUAUUGUUGCCGAUUAUGGGGUCACUGGAUUCUGGAGGGGGACGACUAUGAGGUUAGGACGGACGGUGUUCAGCGGUGGGAUUCUUUUUACUACUUAUGAGUGGGCGGCUGCGCUGAUGAUGCCGCUUGUCGUUGCGAGGAAGGAGAAGCUGAGGGAGUGA